AGUGGUUUUUUCCUGAAACACACGGCUAGAUGGAAUGGCGCCGGUCCACCGCCCGAGCCGAUGGGUACAGCUCUACCAGGAGCUUUGUUAUCACUCGACCGUUUUACAGUUUUACAAGGUUCCGCGCCCGCUUCGGUUAGAGCAACCUACGGACCCUUUUCCACGAAACAAACAGUACCAGCACGAUAUGCUGUACCCGAUCCUCUCGAGCCGCCUAGACGUAACGCCAGUUUAGUAGAAUUACAAGAUGCUACAGCUCAUAGGCUUGACGUAUCAGCUCAUUUGGUAUUCCGGGAAUUGCCUAAAGAUGCACCGGUACUGAGAGUUUUGUUUCAUACGGGUGGUGAAGGAGGUGCGAGACGCGCGGCUGCGAGGCCACGUCGCGUCUGUAUAACUUUACAUGCCAGCAUUGGUAAUAAAAUAUUGACUGCAACGUGCGGACCUGAAGGCGAAGAGGGAGCCUGUUUAGCAGAACUUACAGUUCCUGCUGCAUGGUGGCCUGCGGAUGGAAAAGGGAAACGACCACCAAGGACUAUGAAAUUAGCUUAUAGUGCAGCAGAAGCUAGCAGUGGUGAGACAGGAGAAGGGGUGUGCGGAAAAGUUUCCGUCCAACCAGCAUGGCCGUUGGGCAUUGUGACCCUAGCGGGACCACGAGCAGGAUAUAGAGAAGCGCGAGCUGGUGACACCGCUCUUCUACUCCCACGGGCACCAUUAUAUCCUCAUUUCAGAUUACAUCUGCCUUUCGUUGUGCGCCGUGAUGCUAGUCAUACGAUUGGACAUGUUGUCAUAAGGAUGAAGGUGAAAUCUGGGUUGAGAUUGGUGAGCGUCACAGCGGCGAAUUCUCAUUGGGCAGUGACGGCAGAAGUUAAACCGAGGGCUGCCACCGUUACCGCGACGCGGCUCGAACAGCCUCUGAGGGAUGAUGACAACCUUGAUACAAACGUCGAAGAGAGUAGCGGAGCUGGAGGACCAGGCUGGGAAGAGAUUCUUACCUGGUUAGUUGAAGUCGGAGCCGAGGGCGAGGGAGACGCGGAAGGGUCAGAAGGGGAAUCAGGUCGAGGCACAGCCCGCAUUAGCUGGUCAGCAAAGGUGUCUUCGUCACCCAGUGCCACAUCUACUACUGAAGAAACACCCCACGAACACCGCGUUAACACGCGACUCGACAUCGAAAAGGACGACAUUCAAGCUGUACUUCCAAUAUCUAAGAACUGGGAGGUCCUCAAUACGGCUGUGCUUACCGGGCGUCAAGUCUCUCAGGCGAUGAAGGUGCUGAUAGUAUCGCAGGCAGGACAGGUCGCUGACGUCACCCUACAGAGCUCCUGCCACUCGGAGGACGAAAGUGUUCUCAAAGUAUCGUCGUCGUGCAGUUCAGUUUACGUUGAUGGAUCGGAAAUCCGUGGCUCUUCAAACGCGUCGGUGAUAGUGAAGUACGGAACCUACACCGGCUUGGCGAGGUUUACGGUAUGGAUGCCGGAGUACCCCCUCGAAAUCGACGUUGACGACAACCGCCUGUCGCAAAUCAAAGGCUGGAAAGUAUCAGACGAGGCGAACGGAAAAGACAGAUUAAGAAGGUCUUUGUCGUCGCGAGGGUGGGGCGGUUCCAGGCCCGAUGCCCCCAACUCCCUAACGGAUCAGCGUUCGUGCAGACUGAGAUAUCAACAAAGCAACGUUGAGGUUUACGCACGAUUCCUGGCCAAGGACCACGACUCUGGACGCGUAUCAUACUUCGUUUCUCGGCGAACCUGGCUCAAGGUUACCGAGCUUGUGCUGUCCCUAAUGCGGGUAUCCGACCCGCGUAUUGCGUCUUUACGCGAUCGCGUGCUACAGGGCCGUAGCACCGGUCGAACGGAAGUCCAAGUUCUGUCGCCAAUAACGGGUCGAGUAAUAGGUCUCCGAGAGGUGCGCGUAGUAAAUGAUAAAGUAUCUAUUUCCCGGCUCUUCGUGCGAGUUAUAUCCGGAUUGCAACUAAAUAUUUCCCCGGAUACGGCAAUCGAAAAUGGAUACGUAUCUGAAACCACAGUGACUAGGCGUUUGACGGCACAAUAUCAAGAGGGAUUACUUGAUAUUGAUAUAGAGUUUUCCGAUACGACUCGCACGGCUUUGCGUGAUGUCGCAGUGUCUGAUUAUUACUUGUUGGUGGAAAGUUUGGACACGGAAGUUGUGGCAUUUGCGCCGAUGUUAGCUUCGCGACAUCCCAGAGUUAUUGCUGUUGGUGAAGGCAGUGGCGAGCUUCUUCGAGUAACCCUUCUUACACCUGAACAAUGUAGGUCUGGCCCGCUACGUAGGGUGGCACUACCUGGCAAAGGAGACGCUAAAACUCCUGCCAAUAUAAAAAACAUACCGGGAGCCUUAGCUACUGCCGCUGCAAGUGUUGAUGUAGACUUCAGUGGUAGUGACGCACCGCAGAGACCCGAUACACCACAAAACGACGACAUUAUGGCCCGAGGUGGGGUUAGGACUGGCAUGUCGGAUUUAAGCGACGUUCUUAAAGGUUUCUCUCCCUUCAAAGAUGAAAAUAAUCACGAGCCAACUGUACAAGCCCAACAAUAUGGAUCAAUAUUCAGAAGCAACUCCGCGUUACAUCCGAGACAUCCCGCACAGAACAAUAUGUCAAAAGUUGAAAUAGGCAUGUUCGUUCUACUGGGAGCAUUCUGCUUGGCUAUAGUGGUAUUCGUAGUAUCGUGUGUAGUUUACGCUUAUCGACUCAAACCAGCCAACGCUGAAACCAAUAAUGGUAACAAUAGACCCAUGCCAGCCGUGGUUGAGGGUGGGCGACUGCAAGUGGCUGGCCUCGUCGGAACAACCCUCGGCCUCGCUAAAGACAAACCGCCUAGAGAGUCCACCACUAAUGCUCACGACUGGGUCUGGUUGGGUAGAGCAACUAUCGAGAGAAAUGGUACCCGUCAUCCAGUCAAUAGAAACUCAGCGCAACCUGCCGACAACGGUAACAACAAUCAAGAGAUGAGGAUCACAGCAAACCCCCUCAACUACAACUACGUCGAUCCGGACGACGCCAUCAGGGACAACGGAAACGUCAUGGUGACCAGCUUCGACAACCCCAAUUCCAUCGAGCUGCCAUCGCAGAACGAGAAACGGGAACGUGUCAUCGAUACGACUACUUACUGCAAGAAACCCGCGAGGCAGCACAAUCGUCAAAACUCCGGAGACGGUCAUUGGCAGAUGGAUACAGGCAACGAAGACGACUACCGACCCCCCGUACCUCCCCAUAGGAACACUUCAACGCCACAACCUCAAGUCCCUGUGCCACCUCGAAAUUCCGCCAAAAUUUUAUCAGAGACCGUCAUGCCUCCUACUAGACGAAGCCACUCCAGGAAUCACCAUAAGAAACACGAUCGCGAACAUGACGCCAAACGAUCUCCGGAAAAUGGUCGACGCCCAGACCGAAUUAUUGAUUUGAACAAAGCCGAAGCACCGUACAUGUCGGGCCGCGAUAUUAUGGAUCAGUAUAAACGCGACUCAUACCCCCUACAAUUACGAGAUGAAUUUGAUGAUAACCCCGUUGAAAAGCUUACUAAUAAGGACGACUGUGCCCGCCUAUUCGAAUUUGACAAUGACGCUCCGCUUAUUAUGGAAAAAAAGGACUACAGAGAAAUCAUUGGCCUUAAUAGAGGAACUGACGACUCCCGGCGUACUUUUGUAAAACCGGAAAGCCCUGACUACAUGCACGAUUCGGGAAUUGGAUUACCAGAAGUACAAAUGAGACAUAAGAACAAGAACAAGGAAUCGAACAACGCCAAAGGUGAUUUCGUCGAGCUGACUACCCAAACUAAAGGAGGGAGUUCCCCGGAGGUGAAGCGCGCAACGAUAGUCGGCAACCCCAUGUAUUCGCGCGCGCCCGACGGCGAGCUACGCGCCGACGCGCCCGUCGAGCCACUCGGUCUUGACGACCUGCACAUGGAUUACGACCAAAUCAUGCACUAUUUCCACAACCUCAAGGUAUAAAUCGCCACACACCGUCCCACCAUGCUUCUAGUGUAGACGUUGCUGUGUCGCUUGCAU